AUGUCUUCUCCUCGUCCUUCUUCUCCCGUCAACGGCGGCGCUGCUGCGAGCGGUGCCAACAUCGGCCGUCCCUCAUCGCCUGCUAUUCCUGGUGGUCCCCGUACUGCUAUCCGACGACGCGCUGCUGCCGACCAGAAGGAGAAGAUUGCCAAUGCUCGACCAAGCAGCACUCGCGCCGCUGGCGCCGGUGGUUCCAGCAGCACCAUGCUGCGACUUUACACCGAUGAGUCGCCCGGCCUGAAGGUCGACCCUGUCGUCGUUCUCGUCCUGUCCCUUGUCUUCAUCUUCAGCGUUGUUGCUCUUCACAGUACUUCGCCCCUCGAUCCCUUGUCGCUACAAUUUUAUCGCCAAGAUUACCCGAAAGUUCUCCAGCUAAAUUGCACGACGACCAAGGGGAAACUCGAUGGGAAGAGGGGGAGGUGA